AGCCGCUGUGCCAUAGGAGAGGGUGGGGCUGGGAAUCGGAAGGGAGGUGGGGAGGAAUUACUGGUGUGGAAGUGGUGGUGUUUUAUUUCUAUUUAGGAGAGGUCCUCCCGCCCCUCUCGCUGUUUAAAUGUGCUCCCUAAUGAAGCAAAGGUCACUUUUCUAAAAGUUUGUGCACUUUACACUUUAGCAGUAAACCGAGAAAGGUGAACUGACCUAUUUGGUCGUGAGAACUACAGUUCAUUCAGAAUGGUUGCAACCAGCAGCUUAAACAAUAAAAACUCCGUGGGUCACGCUGAACAAAUACAGCAAGGCUUUUGGCAUACAACUUUAACUGACUUUGACUACUGGGAUUAUGUAGUGCCUGAUCCCAACUUUAAUGAGAUGGUGUUUGAGGAACAGACCUGUCAGAGUCUAGUUAGAAUGCUGGAGAGCUGCCUGUCUAAAUCAAAGCAGACCAGACUGCACUGCUCAAAGGUUCUAGUCCCUGAGAAAUUAACCAGGAGGAUAGUCCAAGAUGUCUUGCGUCUCUCUUCUACUGAGCCUUGUGGCUUAAGAGGCUGCAUUAUUCAUGUCAACCUGGAAACAGGAAAUGUAUGUAAAAAGCUGGAUAAGAUUGUCUAUGACCCUACUGUUGUUCCUACUUUUGAACUGACCCUGGUGUUCAAGCAGGACAGUUGUUCAUGGCCAAGUUUCAGAGAUUUCUUCCCUAGAGCUUGCUUUACAUCAAGCAGUAAACGUACUCUGAUCUUGAGUCCUGGAUUUCGGCUAAUCAAAAAGAAAUUAUACUCUCUGAUUGGGACAAUUGUUGAAGAAUGCUAGAAAUAGCUUUUUAAAAAGAAAAUAAAACAAAAAACCCAACUGAGCUUACAGUCCUUUAGAAAUAUGAAGCUCAAUGCCUUGAUUUUUAAGAUACCUUCAUUAUGACUUGCCUUUUUUUGCACAACAUAUAUAAGUCUUUCUAGGCUGGCAAAAUCUCCAUACAGCUAGUCUUGUACUGGGUGGAAGGAGCAAAUCUACUGAUAUACUUGAAGCAUUCCUUGACUAGAAUUGGCUUGGCAAGUCCAUAAGCCAGCUUGGCAGCUACUGAUUGCUAGCUAUUGUAGUAAAUGCUGCCUGUAGCCCUUACUGUUUGGUGUGCUUGCUGGUGGGUGGUGGUUCUCACAUGCAGCCUAACCCAGGCUAGGGAAGCCCGGCCUGGAUUAGGCUAAGCAUGAGAACCGCCAGGAUCAGGCUUGAUCCCAGCAGGGCAGCGCCACCUUGUCCCAUUUAAAAACCCAGCUCUUAGCAAGGGUUAAGGGCUCAAGCGAGCCCUUAGCCCGGGCUCUGGGAUCUUGCGUUCGCUCGGGCUAUGUUUCGCCCCAGUGGACACAGAGACAGGCACCUAUAGCACCCAUCUACUGGGGGAAUCCCCCACUGAAUCAUAUGUUGCGCAGUGCAUUUUGGGAUCCCCAGAGGCCAGAACGCAUUGUCCCGGCCUUUGGAACUGCGUGCUGCAGGUAUGCAGCGCUACACCUCUGGGAGUGUGGUCCAAGCUCCCAGAAACUAGUCAUCGCUUGUCUGGGGAGAAGGUAAGCUUAACCAGCCUCCCCUGCCGCCCUGCCUGCCCAGUCAUGUAAACAAUCUCUAACUUUUUCUAAGUUCCUUGUAAGGUGUUUGGCUGUCUUUAAAAAGAACUACUACUGGACGAUAACCUUAAACCUUUUGGGGGAAACUGUUGGCAGUAUUCUUUAAUGUGCAUAAGACACUUUAUAUACCAAGCUACUGGGAGGAUGCUUUCCAGAUGUUGCUUCUGGCAGUGAUGAUGGCAUCAAAGAAUCACAACAUCUUCUUCAAAGGAGAUGCUGAACUAGUGUAAGGAUUGGGAGCCACUGCUGUUUUUCUUCCCAGGCUGAUCCUGUCUAGGCUAGACUAGAUCCUGUCUGGUCUAGCAAUAAUUGACAUCGCUUCUGUAUGGACUGCAGGUGCCUGGCAUGCUGCUGGGAUGUCAUUCACACAAUGGGACUUGCAGUAGAUUGGCUUGCCCAGAGUGCCUUGAACAAUCUGUCUUUCUUUAAACUUCUGGAAACAUCUUUUGUGUUAAAUCCGUAGAAUUCCUAACAUGUCUUUGGGCACUAAAUGUUGAGUUACUUUGUAUUUUGUAGUGGGAUAUUGGUCACACUCAUAGAAACACCUGACUACCUCAAGUCCAGCUCCAUAAAUGAGGGUCUACUCCGUUCCCUCCCACUUUGGUCUAAGGAACAAUGCACACACGACGACUUGUCAGGCUUCUCUUCUUCCAUGGUUGUGGUCUGCAAACUGAUCAAUGGUGAGCAUUCAAACACUGCUAAUCCAGUUGGCUUGUCACAGACCGGCAAAUAGGUCAGAAAUACAAUGGGUUCACUGCCGAAGCACUUUUAGGAAGAAUCCCAGACUGGCCCCUGAAAAAGUGAAUGAAUCCAAUAUUUUCUGUCUAUUCCCUGAGCGGAGUGAAGAUGGAAAUCGGUGAGAUCAAGAGGUUGGGGAAUUCAGCGGAACAUCCAACCCUUUACUGAGUUUCUUCCGCACCCAUUUGCAGUGCAUUCAUGGUUCAGCUCAGAUGAGAACCAUCAUGAUCCAAUACUAUUGAUAGUUCCUUUAGCAGAUCUUACCCCUACUACUUUCUUAGGGUUACUUUCAAGUGUUCUUGCUUCAGCUCUGAAGUGAGAGAGUAGGGAAGCUUCUUUUGGAUGCAUCUCUAGAAAAGGUUUAUUCUAUAUGAGGAUUGGGAGGGGGCCCUUCUUGAGGUUGGGCACUCCAGUUCUCCAGGUGGCCCUCAAUUUAGUUGCCUUUUGUUGGCUUGUGGAAAAAAACUGAACCACCAACUUGUUCUAUGGACUUGCUGCUUUCUAAACCGCCAGCAAGUUGGCAAGGGUAGCCAGUGUCCCAGAUGCUAUGCUGAAUGUUCCUAAGGGCAUUCUACAUUCUGUAUUUCAGGUCUUGAAGUGCUGUAAGCUUUGCCUGGUUCAUAUAUUAGUGCAGCUGAGAAAUGUUCAUAAACUCCUCUUCUGAAAGAACAGAAGUUAAAAUAAAUGUGCUCUCUCUAGAAGCACCUAAUGGGGGACCAGAACCUAAAUAAUGUGAAAUGGUGGGGACUUGGAGAAGAGACUGCUGUAGUAGAACGUAAUGCUACAGGCAUUGUUGCAUGUGUAUGUGCAAUUCUUGCAAAAAUAAAAAUGGGGUCCUGAAGCUUCUGCCGGUGACAAUUCUGAGUUCCUUCAAACGGUGAACACUGCUGAUAUUUCAACUCUGAACUCUGCUGCAUGUGUUUUGGGUUACCCCAGUUAUGUUAUAUAUAACAAAAAAUGCACAGUGUUGCCCAGGGCACUUCAGUUCAUAGAGAUGGAUAUCUGUAUUGCCCACGAAGCUGUAGAAGAGUGAAUUAUAUGGCAGACUCCAGCUUACAAACUGGAGCACUUUCACAUGCCCAGCUCUUGAGCCUCUGCCUUGUUGGUAUAAUAGGACCAUUUGUAAACUGGUGUUGCACUUAUUGUUUUUAGUCUUCUGCUGUUUAAAAGGUCACCUUUUUAUAUGGGUGUGUUUGUAUGUUUUUUGGAUUUGCACUAAGAAGACACUUUUUACAUUGUGAAACUUGGUGGUUCUUGCUUUGCCUUGUUGCUAUCCCUGCAUUAAUCUUAAAAUGUUGAUUGUUAUUAAAGGAAAUGUAAGUCUUUAUUAAUAAAAGUAUAUUUUUAAUUCUUGCAUCUUGAA